AUGCACUUCCGAACCAAAACGAAAUUUCUUAAUUGGGUGAAUGCGGAUCCUUCCGAUCGCUUCGUAUUGAAGGACUACUUCCCUACUAACCUGGUUCGCGGAAUUCUGAGGCGCGCGCAUACAUACGCACAGCGUGUGUGCGCAGUGCGCGCAUUCCGCUCGCAACGCGAUCGAUACGAGGCAGAAACCGGCCUUCGGGGCAUAUACGAUGUGACGAAUGCAUGCGUGUGUCCGCGCAUUGGGCUACGUGCGCAUCCACUACGCGUCAUCGUAAGCGCGCAUGUGAUUCGGCUGGCCAAUCGGAUGGCGAAAGUGGAUGCUAAGCUUUCUGGCCCAAUGGGGUCGGACCACAAGGAGUGCAAGUUGCGUCUACGACGGACGCUCUCCAACUUGGUUACCGAUACUCGUUUUCGAGAUGGAGGCCUUUAG